GUUCAUUCGCGCUGCAUUUCUUUUUUUUUCUCUCUCUCUCACUCCCAAGGACUUAGAGGUUAAAAAAAAAUCUUUCUGAUUACUUUUUCAUAGCUUUCCAGAGCUCGUGGUGAGUCCGUAGUAGUUUGGUAGGACUGAAUCAAAAUCUUCCUGAUCACUACCUACUUGUUCGAUCAUAGCACAUCCCGGUCACGUCUCUCGGCGAGCCCUGACUGCCAGCAUCAUUGAGCAGAAGCAAAGGAGGGCAGAGGACAUUGGGGAGCUGGAGAAGGGGGUGGGAGCCCCAGGCCUUCUCAUUGGCUGCUCCCCUCUACUUGAUGUGCUGUCUCUCCGAUCUGGGCAUCUGGAAUCUCGCUAUGGAAUGGAAAUAGGGAGCUUGUCCGGUGAGAGGGGCAGAGGGAGGGAGGUGGAAGGCUGAGGGUCGGCGCGGCCCCGGUGAACCCAGGACGGCGUUGCACCUCGGACUCCCCGGCACGGAUGGUUUUGGAUGACACCCACGUUCAAGGUGCUUAGAAAGUUUACCCCACCGAGAGUGCCGUGCUUCGCCUGACAGCCCCAGGGAGCGAGGAGGAGGAGGAGGAGGAGGAGGGCUGCAAGAUGGGGCAUCGGGUCCUGGGCUGCCUCGGCCAGGGGCUGGAGGUACGGGCGCUUGCCCCCUGCCAGUGAGAGCUGGGCCCCCGGGUUCGCGGCGCUGAGCCCUUGCCGAACUCAGCCGCCUGCCCCAUCUCCCCGGGCCAGGAUGGGCUACGCCGACCCCUCGGCCAACCGGGAUUUGCUGGGGAAUCGAACUUUGUUCUUCAUCUUCAUCUGCGCCUUUGCCGUGGUGACCUUGCUGCAACAGAUCCUAUAUGGCCGAAACUACAUCAGGAGAGGACUGCAGUUUAGCUGGCACAGUGGGGAGGAGAUGGCCAACUGGACCAACGGGCCCUCUAAUGUCACGGAAGACAGAGCACUGCAGAGCAGCAGUGCCACCAGCACCAGGUACUUCGAAUUUUAUGAGGGACCUUUUGAAUAUAACUCCACCAGAUGCCUGGAACUUCGCCAUGAAAUUCUGGAGGUGAAGGUGCUGUCCAUUGUAAAGAGCUCCAGGGUGAAGCAAUCAGAGCUGUUUGACAGGUGGAAGAGUCUCCAGAUGUGCAAAUGGGCGAUGAAUAUCUCAGAAGCCAACCAGUUCAAGUCUACUCUUUCCAGGUGCUGCAAUGCUCCUUCCUUUCUCUUCACCACCCAGAAAAACACCCCUCUGGGCACAAAACUCAAGUAUGAGGUAGACACGAGUGGCAUCUACCACAUCAACCAGGAAAUCUUUCGCAUGUUUCCCAAGGACAUGCCCUACAACCGCUCUCAGUUUAAGAAGUGUGCAGUCGUGGGGAAUGGAGGCAUCCUGAAGAACAGCCGGUGUGGGAGAGAGAUUGAUAGUGCAGACUUCGUGUUCCGGUGUAAUUUACCCCCAAUCUCAGAGAAGUACACUGGGGACGUUGGGGCGAAGACUGAUGUUGUUACUGUGAACCCCAGCAUCAUAACGGAGAGGUUCCACAAGCUGGAGAAGUGGAGGCGGCCUUUCUAUCAGGUGUUACAGGUCUACGAGAAUGCCUCGGUGCUUCUGCCGGCCUUCUACAACACCCGUAAUACUGACGUCUCCAUCCGGGUCAAGUAUGUGCUGGAUGACUUUGAGUCCCCACAGGCAGUCUACUAUUUCCACCCUCAGUAUCUGAUCAACGUGUCCCGCUACUGGCUCAACCUCGGUGUGCGGGCCAAGCGCAUCAGCACGGGCCUCAUCCUGGUGACGGCGGCUCUGGAGCUCUGUGAGGAGGUGCACUUGUUUGGCUUCUGGGCCUUUCCCAUGAAUCCUUCGGGACUCUUCAUCACCCACCACUACUAUGACAAUGUGAAGCCUCGCCCCGGCUUCCAUGCCAUGCCAUCUGAGAUCUUUAACUUUCUCCACCUGCACAGCCGGGGCAUCCUCCGUGUCCACACGGGCACCUGCAAUUGCUGCUGAUGAGGCAGGCGGUCGGCUGGCCUGUCUCUCCAGGCCUCUCUUCUCUUCCUUCCUUCCAGCAUCAGGGGGCAGCGGGAAGACAUGCUGUGGAGAAGAGGGGCAAGUCCAGCAUUUAUGCAAUAGUCUUUGAAGAGUGGGGCCAUAUCCACCAGGGCUUCACACCUCCUGCACUCUGGGGUGGGUGGGGAAGACAAUGGGGAAAUGGGGUAAAGUCACCCCUAUUGAUAAGUGUUCCCCCUCCUUAUCCUCUACCUACCCAUGUGCCCAGUGGGCAAGUCCCUGGGGGGCAAGCUUCCAGCCUGUCCAUUGCCUGAACAAGGAGGGAGCCCUGGAAAUACAAGUGAAUAAGCACAUCGCCGCUAAAUUUUAGCCACUGAGUUGAGCACAAGCCAUCAUGGCUAUUUCACAGCUUCAGAAAAUCACUAAAGGGGAGCAGUGGAGGAGUGAAGGCUUUAAGCACAUGUGGAGUUUCUUGUAAUGGUUUGCUUUCCUGAAUUUUGUGAUGGGCUUUUAGGGAUUUUUUUUUUCUGAUAUUGAUCAUAGAGCCAUAUUAUAUCAUAGCUCAGUUGGAUCUUGGAGAUCAUCCCGUCCAACUGUCUUUAUAGGGCCAGAAAUUGAGGCCUAGAGAAGGUGACCUUGUUCAAGGUCACCCACCCAGCCAGACUGAUUUCUCUCUUUUGCCAUGGUAGGAUCGGGUUCAGGGCUUACCUGUUAGAUAGGCUCUUUGACUAAAUGGGUGUUUUCUGUUUUCUUUUUUUUUUCUAGAACUAAAGAAAACUUUAUUUUCUUCUCAGUGCCUACAGGCUUAACUUUGGGUUUGAAAUAUGAGAAAGGAGAUAAGCCAGAUCAGCCAACUAAAUGAAGAUUUCCAAGGCCAGUGUUACAAACUCAUUAAGGGCAUAGCAGCUCAUUUUCUCAUCUGCCUUCUCGUUCUCAGCUCCAUUUCAGCCGGGGGUGGGGGGGGAUUUUUAUUAGAUAUAUUCAGAUGCCUUGGAGGGUCAACUGACACGGCUCUAAAGUGAACAAUUCAGUAAAAAGCCUGACCUAACAUGGGCCGCCUCAGUGGGAGGAGUUAGUCCUGUCUGUCAGACACCAGCAUUAUUAACACUUCUUUUGGGUCUUGCUAAAGGACAAGGAAGAAGCCCUAAAGACUGAUUCCCCGCUCUUUCAGAUUGAUGAUCUUCAUGGAACAGCCUCAGAGGAUAUGGAGCCUGGCAGAAGUUAGCUAUGCUUGUGUCCAGUCUAGAGUAUGUAAGCAGAAUGUUGCCUCCUGCCUAUGGCUUGUACCAUUCUCUGCUCUCUCCUGCCCCUCUUUGGGGUUGCUGUAAAUGGUAUAGAAUCCUUAUCAAUUGCCUUAGAACUUAGAUAUCUCAUCAUAGACUUGUUGAAUGUUGGAGCUGGAAGGGAGCUUAGAGCUCAUUUGGUCUCACCCCCUCAUCUGACAGAGCAAUCCAUUUGAGGCCCAGAGAGGGGUAGUGAUUUUCCCAAGGGUCAUACAGUGGUAAGUGGAGGACUCUAGACUGGAAUCCAGCUCUAGUGCUUUCUUUAGUGAAACCUCUGGUCCUUUCGUCACUACUGGUGACUCACAGUCCUGGGUCCAUGUGUUUUUCCUCCACCUAUAUCCUUUCUGGCCAAGUUUAAGGUUUGCAUCCUGAAGGAGGAUUUUCAGAAAUCUCUCCUCUAUCCUGGCUGUCCUUGAAAUCCUCUUGCCCUAUGUUCUGCAGAGAGGGCUGCUCCUUCUUUCACGAGACCCCAGAUCCCCCACCUGCUCUCUGGCCAAUACUCAUGCCAAGAAUAAGAAAAGAUAAGGCCUUGCACUUGUAUGGAGAUUUAUGUUUUUCAAAGUGCUUUUGCAUUUCUUCAGGGCUGACCCGAGAAUACUAAGAAUUGGGGUGAUGGCCCUGAGGUCUGUGCUUUGAGGGUCUCACAUGUCUACAGGACCAGGUGGCUGGGCAGUGUUUCAGGGAGGCACCUGGUAGGGGAGAAAGACUUGGCCAACCCUGCCAUCUGGUGCUUUAAAAGAUCUGAGGAUCCUAAUCAUGCCACCCACCUAUGAACUGCUACCUUCCCCACCUCGCACCAGAGUGGGCUGGGGCUAGAUGCCUGUCCCCACUCUGCCCUAAGGCUGCAUGUUUUCCUUUUCUGACAUUUCUUAUCCCUAAUCUUGGCUCACUGAUGGCCACUGUAACCUGAUUUCACUUGUGUAUAGAUACUGGGGGAAGGCAUAGCCCACAUCUAUGAUUUACCCUAGGCCACAUCUGUCUAGGGAUAUGGCUCUCUGUGAAUUGUCUUACUUUGUGACUGAAACAAUAUUGUGAGUUAGGUGCAGCAGGUAUUAUUGUCCAUGUUUGACAGAUGGGGAAACUGAGGCAAAGUGGCUUUCCACAAUUGUGGCCUUCUGCAAUCGGCAUGGUUGGUACAGAAUGGUGGUAAUUUCAUUUUGGAAUGGGAUAUCGUGUUGUUUAUAGUAUCUGACACUAAAUGUUGAUUGGGGUCAAGGAUGGGUGGUCAGGGCAGGGAAUGAGACACAUGGUUCUUCUACUAUAUUGUGUAUGAUGGUGGCUUUGCUUUAGAGAGAAAUGAGAGGACUAAAGAUUUAGGGGUAGACAUCUUCUUAACCCAAAUAGUGUAAUAACAGGCAGGUAGGAACCAUAUUCUAUUUUUACCAUGCUUGUUAAUGGAAAGAGUUUGACCAAGAAUUGCAUGUAUCAUUCUUUAGCUAGGAGGACAUGGUACCUAAUUAGCCACCAACAAGACAUAAACUUAGAAUUAGGUUCCCCCCCCCCCCUGCAAGUAGUGGGGUAUGGAGUCUAUAGUGAGCCAUCCUCGCUCUCUAGUUUUGUGACCAGGAGUGCACUCUUUUUUGUUUGUUUGUUUUUUUGCAGGCAAUGGGGGUUAAGUGACUUGUCCAGGGUCACACAGCUAGUCAAGUGUCUGAGGCCGAAUUUGAACUCAGGUACUCCUGAAUUCAGGGCCGGUGCUUUAACCACUGUGCCAUCUAGCUGCCCCAGGAGUGCACUCUUGUGUGAUGGUGAGCCAAGACUAGGGGGCAAUCUGUGGCUAAGGUUGGAGUCAAUGUGUGACCAGUAGGAUUGGAGCUAGGGGUACGAUCAGAAGUUAGAGGUUAACAUUUACCAUCGAGUAAGAGGAAUGGAUUAGAGCAAGGCUGGUUUCAGCUUCCUAAACGUGACAGUUUUGCUAGUUACUACGAAUAUAACAGCAGUGCCUGGAUUUACCUGCAGAGGCCCAGGGGCCAAUCUUGCCCUGCCCUUGUCUCAGGAUCCCUGAGAGAACUAAAGAUUUAGCAUAAUGAGGCUUUUUAUAACCCGUCCCUACCUUUUAUUUAAAUAAUAGUAAUAAUAUUAACCAUUCAGUGAUCAAAGGUACUGUGGUCUAGUGGCUAGAUAACCAACCUUAGAGUAGGGAAGGUGUGGAUUCAAGUGCUCCCUCUUAAAAUAUUGGCCAUAUGCUCACGGGGCAAGGCACUUAAUCUUGUAGUGCUCCAAGAAACUCUGAAAUUCUGAGUUGGAGAAUAGUCAUUGAUCUGCAUUGGGAGGAAUUCCCUACACCUAUGAAGUCAAAGGUCCAGAUUCCACACACACAUACACACACCACACACACACACUCUCUCUCUCUCUCUCUCUCUCUCUCUCUCUCUC